GGAAAAACAAAGAUCUCAGCAAAUUCUCUAAACAUGCUUCAUGACCUGAUUGCAGUUAAGUGUGAGGACGGAACAGGACUCGUGGAGGCCUCCGGAUCGGUGCUGAAGUCUUCAGCUACUGUCUCAAGUUUCUGCUAAGAGACCUUAAAUCCACCUGAUUACUUGCAGUAUUUUACAGGUCCCCGCAGGAACGUGUGUGUUGGAGAGGGACGGGGACCCAGGUCUCUGCCAUGCGCAAGGAAGGAAGGGUCCCUGACAGCCUUUGAAUAUUUGACGAGAAGUUCAGCAAUGGAGUCUUUCCCUGAUGACACCAAUUCAACUGACCUACAACCACAGCCCUGGAAUGAACCCCAACUAAUUUUCUCCAUGGUCAUUCUCAGCCUCACUUUCUUAUUGGGAUUGCCAGGCAAUGGGCUGGUGCUGUGGGUGGCCGGCCUAAAGAUGAAGUGGACAGUGAGCACCAUUUGGUUUCUCCACCUCACACUGGCAGACUUUCUCUGCUGCCUCUCCUUGCCCUUCUCCCUUGUUCACUUGGCUCUCCAAGGGUACUGGCCUUAUGGCUGGCUCCUAUGCAAGGUCAUUCCCUCCAUCAUCGUCCUUAACAUGUUUGCCAGUGUCUUCUUGCUGACUGCCAUUAGCCUGGACCGCUGUCUUUUGGUACUCAAGCCAAUCUGGUGCCAGAAUCACCGUGAUGUGAGGGCAGCCUUCACUAUCUGUGGAUGUAUCUGGGUGGUGGCUUUUGUAAUGUGUAUACCUGUGUUCAUAUACCGGGAAACAUUCACUGCAGACAACCAAAAUAUGUGCGGCUACAAUUUUGGUGGCUAUAGCUACUUAGAUUUAGACUUCAUCUUUGAUGGACCGGCAGAUGGGUCUCUUGACAACUCCACUGUUCAGCUGCCUGGAGAAAUGGAUUAUAGGUUAGAUACUUUCCCUUUACAAACUAACAAUCAUCCUUGGACGGCUGCUACUCUCCUUCAUUCUCAAACAUUUCAAAGACCUCCUGAAGAUUCACUCCCUGUGGAUUCAGCUACAUUAUUCAAUCAAAAUGAUUAUAAAUUAAUUAAACCUGAUGAUGAGGUCUUACCUGCAACCCCCACUGGCCUUCCCACUGAAGAUCACAGAACUAACCCACUGAAUAGCUCAGAUGCUGUCCACUCUACCAAUUUAGAGCUUUUCUCUAGUGCCUCCAGCAAUGCCUUCUACACGACUGAGCUAUCACAAGAUUUCCAGUAUGAUAAUGAAAACCUCUUUGCAUAUGACAAUCAAGUUGCAACACCUCUGGUAGUAAUAACCAUCACUAGGCUAGUGAUGGGUUUCCUGCUGCCCUUUAUUGCCAUGGUGACCUGUUAUAGCCUUAUUAUCUUCCGAAUGCGACACAGCCGCUUCACCAAGUCUCGAAGCAAAACUUUCCGAGUGUCCAUGGUGGUGGUAGUUGUCUUUCUUGUCUGCUGGGCCCCAUACCACAUUGUUGGAGUCCUCUCGUUGUUUAUUGACCUAAAUACUCCCUUUGGGGAAGCUCUACUCUUACUGGACCAUGUGUCCAUUGCUCUAGCAUCUGCCAAUAGUUGCUUGAAUCCAUUCCUCUAUGCCCUCAUGGGAAAAGAUUUUAGAAAGAAAACCAGACAGUCCAUGCAGGGCAUUCUGGAGGCAGCUUUCAGUGAGGAUCACACACAUUCUACCAGCUGUACCCAAAACAACAUCUUUUCAGAAAGAAACAGUAGCAGUAGAGCUGUGUGAGAAUAUGGAACAUUUGACCCAAGCAAAGCUUCUUAGGUACUCACCAAGUGUGACAUGUUUCUAAAAGAACAAGGGACAUGGUGAGCAGGGAUUUCAGAAUACAUCAAAGACUCAAUCUAGAGCUUUUCCGAGUGGGUCCCAGACUAGUUGCAGUAGCAUCACCUGGAAACUCUCCAGCCCCACCCCGGGCGAUAACAAUGUCUCUUGUUGCUGAUGAAUGCUAAAUUUGAGAGUCAAUGUAAAGCUUUGUCUAUGUCUAUCCCAAACAAAGCCUACUGAAAUAAAUGAGAAUCUAGUCUGCUGUGAAAUGAUGUUUCCAUCAUUAAAUUUACUAUUUAUAUAUCUAAAUUCUCUCCAAGAUUGAUUUUAAAACCAAUUCUUCUAGCUUUGAGUGAAAGAUGAUUAUUUACUCUAGGCUUAAUUGUUGUGCUCCUUGUGGUGGUGGGAUCAUUUUAAAUAAAGAGA